AUGCGACCAUCGCUCUGUGCGUUCCACAGCAAACCUCGGACAUGGGCCGCGCACGGACACACAACCCCUGACCACCCUAAGGCACACCCCUUCCCCCUCUAUAUCUAUUCUCCCCUCUUUUUUUCCAUCCCUCGCUUCCUCCAUUUCCCUCGCUAUCGGUAUGGUGUCCUUCGGUUCCUACUGCUAGCCGCCCUGUACCUUUGUCCCUUAGGACCCUCCCCUGCUCACGCUGCUCACUUCCGUGUCGGGGUGGUGGGGCCGUGGUCAUGUGACCCUCUCUUUGCCAAGGCGCUGCCGAGCGUGGCUGCCCAGCUGGCGGUCAACCGUAUCAACAGGUAGGGACGAGGUCAACACAAGUUUUUCAGAAUGGAUUAGUUGUUGGUUGCUAAGGCCGAUUAGCUUAUGAAAUAUGCUUACUUAAAUUAUGCAGAGGGAAAAUGCCCCAAAUACUUUGAAUUCAGAACAUAAUCUUGUUUAUUUAAACGUAUCUGUCCAGCGAUUAAAAAUAUCGAUGAAUGUUUUAUUUAUUUUGAUUUCCCUAAUUUUCAAAUCGAUAUGGACGCCUUCCGAUCAACUAAUCGAUGAAUCUGUCUGGUAUGUAUCAACAGAGACCCUGUCCUCUCACUGGCGGCCACUUUUGAUUAUGUCAUUCUGGAAGAGAAAUGUGAGACUUCCAGGGCUCUGGAUGGGUUCAUGGGCUUCUAUACCAGGUUUGUUGUAAUGUACUUUACUUUUCUUUACAAUAUGUCAAAAAAAUCCUGUUAGGGUGCUAGAGGGCGACUUGACGCGUCAAUUCAUGAAUUCAUGAAUUCACUAGGGCUACAGGCUUCAUCGGGCCAGCCAACCCUGGGUACUGUGAUGCUGCAUCACUACUGGGCAAGGGCUGGAACAAGGUGGGUGAUGGUAGUAAAUGUCUUGGAUUCUAUUCCAUUCCAUUCCAUUCCAUUCCAUUCCAUUCUAUUCCAUUUCAUUCCAUUCUAUUCCAUUCUAUUCCAUUCCAUUCCAUUCUAUUCCAUUCCAUUCCAUUCUAUUCCAUUCCAUUCCAUUCUAUUCCAUUCUAUUCCAUUCCAUUCUAUUCUAUUCCAUUCUAUUCCAUUCCAUUCUAUUCUUUCCUCUCCCCAGGCAGUGUUCUCGUGGGGGUGUGUUGGCUAUGAGCUAGAUGAUACCCGGAGCCACCCUACCUUUGCCCACUCCAUGCCCCGACCCACCUGGGUGCUGAUCAGCCUCAUGCAGCACUUCCGCUGGGCACAAGUUGGCAUCAUUGCCUCCUCAGAGGAAAGCUGGGUGGAGACCGCCAGCAAGGUACACACACACACACACACACACACACACACACACACACACACACACACACACACACACACACACACACACACACACGUGCAUGUGACAUUUGUGCAUGUGACAUUAAAACUUGAAACUUGAAACAAGAGGCGCUCUUUUGAAAUGGGGAAGGAUACAAGCUGAAUGGAGUAUACACUGUAGGUAGGCCUUUGUGAAUUGACCAUAACCAUGUAGAAACCUUUUAUGGGAUGCCAUAACCAACAGCGGUAAUACUAAGACCAGCUUUCGGUUGGUCCUAAAUAUUCCCACCAGCGCAUACUGAAAUUGGCACUUUGGCGCACGUUUCUAAGCACACACUCAGAUAUUGUCACCCUUCCCACCUCAGUGCAAGCAAGCUCAGAUAAAACAGGUAAAUUACCAAUCCUGGGUUUGAAAAUAGAAGAGUGCAGGCUUUAACAGGUCAAAAUUGCUAACAAGCAUGAGUUUGACACUAACACCUGCCUUAACACGAGCCAAAAAUAGAGCCUCUAAUGUUUUAUUAUUAUGAUUAUUAUUAUUAUUAUUAUUAUUAUUAUUAUUAUUAUUGCUAGUAUCAGUAUUAUUGUUGUUGUUGUUAUGACUAUUAUUAUUAUUAUUAUUAUUUCUGGUAUUAUUAUUAUUAUUAUUAUAAUGAUUGUUAUUGUUAUUAUAAUUAUUGAUAUUAUAAUUAUUGUUAUUGUUAUUAUUAUUAUUAUUAUUGCUAGUAUCAUUGUUACUAUUAUUAUUAUUGUUGUUGUUAUUAUUAUUAUUGCUAGCAUAAUUAUUGUUAUUAUUGUUGUUGUUGUUAUUGUUAUUGUUGUUAUUAUUGUUAUUAUUAUUAUUAUUGUUGUUAUCAUUAUUAUUAGUAUUACUAUUAUUAUUGUUAUUGUUGUUAUUAUUGUUAGUAUCGCUAUUAUUAUUGUUGUUGUUAUUAUUAUUGUAAUUAUUGUUAUUAUUAUUAUUGUUAUUAUCAUUAUUAUAGUUGUUACUAUUAUUAUUAUUGUUAUUAUGUCAUGUUUUUAUACUGUAACUUUGACCAUUAAGAACUAUGAACUAUGACCUCUGACCUUUCUGCAGGUGGCCAACUCUCUGAGGAGUCAUGGGAUGCCGGUGAGGCUGGUGGUUACCAUCGGUAAUGACCCCGGGAGUGUCAGGAAGACCCUGGCCAAGCUCAAGAAGGUGGAUGACCUACGAUGUGAGUACUGAUAUCAUACACAGGGAGGAAUACUACUUUGACUGUAUAUCUUUUGAAGGGAGGAAGCCACUUUACACUAUUGAGAAAGACUUAUGUUCAGUUUGAAUUCUUCACAAAGUGUGAUUGUUUGUGAUAUGUUGGAGCUCAUACUUUAACAUAUUCAGUCAAGUCAAGUUCAUUUCUUAGAUUGGCAGUAAGCUAUAGGCAGGUAGCCUGAAGUUAGAGCUUUGGGUGGCAGGUAGCUUAGUGGUUAAGAGCAAUGUGCCAGUAACCGAAAGGUCGCUGGUUCUAAUCCCCGAGCCGGCUAGGUGAAAAAUCUGUCGAUGUGCCCUUGAGCAAGGCACUUAACCCUAAUUGCUCCUGUAAGUCGCUCUGGAUAAGAGCGUCUGCUAAAUGACUAAAAUGUAAUGGGCCAGUAUCCAAAAGGACAAGGAAUGGCAAGGUGAAAAACUGUAGUUGUGCCUGAGCAAGGCACUUAACCCCAAUUUCUCCACUGGCGCUGGACAAUCAUGACUCCACUCCCUGCGGGUGUCUCAGGAGCAGUUGGGAUAUGCAAGACACAUUUCCAUUACACACGUGUGUAACAGGAUUAAUAAUAAUAAUGAUAAACUAUUAUUUUUCUUGCCACUUUUCCCCUUUAUUCCCUCGUUACUCCCCCCCUAGUGGUGAUCAUGUGUAUGCACUCUGCCCUGAUCGGAGGGGGACCUCAGAAGCUCCUACUAGAAACAGCCCGGGACAUGAGACUGACGGAGGGCUCCCUGGUGUUCCUACCCUACGACACCCUACUCUACAGCCUUCCCUACCACAACGUCACCUACCCUGCCCUGAGGAACAACAGCAAGCUACUCAAGGUGAUCAGUCUUGGUGUUUUGUUGUUGUAUACGCAGAUGCGAGAGUAUUCGUUGCAUCGUCGUUAUGUAUUUUUCAGUUGAAUUGUAUGUGUGUACUGACACCCGUCUUGCACCAGCUCUCUAUUCUGUUGCACAUCUAAUAACCAUGACGACUAGUCUGACUUUAAUGUCUGUCAAAUCAAAUGGAUUCAUUCGUUUAAUUCAAAGGCCUACGAUGCAGUGUUGACCAUCACUAUAGACUCUCCCAAGACAUCUUUCUACCAGGCCUAUCAGGAGGCUAUAGACAGGGGAGAGAUAGCGGGGAAUGUCAAGCCACUACAGGUAAAUACAUACAGGGUGUGUGUGUGUGUGUGUGUGUGUGUGUGUGUGUGUGUGUGUUGUGUGUGUGUGUGUGUGUGUAAAAAGAGAGAGUAUGAGGACAGUGGAGAGAUACCUGGGGAUGUUAAGUCACAUGGUAAAUACAUGGAGAAACGGUUGUGUGUGGUAUGAUACGUUGAAAAAUAAGAAUACUUUCACAGUCCAACCAACCAUCAUUCUUUUGAUUCUUGAAGUAUUGCGAAAAACUGUCUGGACUGAAAUUUGUACAAACAUGGAUCUGAAUAUGUUUACACCACAUUAUUUAUGUGUUGUUCACCAUCUUGAACUCCUUCUCUGCUCUCUCCAUCUCACUUUCCCUCCCAUCUUUCUUCUCCAGGUGUCUCCUCUGUUUGGAACCAUCUACAGCUCUGUGCUGUUCAUGGCCCAUGCUGUCCACAGGGUCCAGGCCUCAGGGGAGUGGCUUUCUGGGGGGAACCUGGCCCGACACACCCACGACUUGGCCUUCCAGGUACAUGGAUGAUUUAAUCUACUGUGACUUAUAUGUAUCAAUACUGUAUUCACUUUUGGGCACUGGCCAGCCGGGCUAGUUUGGUACAUGGAUGCUGAUGGUUUAAAGGGGCAAUCUGGGAUUCAAACAACAAGAAAGUGGUUACCCCACCACUUUUUUUGGAAACAGCUUAGGCUUGAUGGUGGAGAAAUGCAACCACACAUUUGUAGAUGGAAAUAAGGAUGCAAGGACUGACCAUCUAUGAUAUCAACAUGAUAGUUUUAACCUUGUUUUCAAGGACUGACCAUCCAUGAUAUCAACCUGAUAGUUUUAACCAUUUUUGGAAGGACUGGCCAUCCAUGAUAUCAACAUGAUAGUUUUAACCAUGUUUCCAAGGACUGACCAUCCAUGAUAUCAACCUGAUAGUUUUAACCAUUUUUGGAAGGACUGGCCAUCCAUGAUAUCAACAUGAUAGUUUUAACCUUGUUUUCAAGGACUGACCAUCCAUGAUAUCAACCUGAUAGUUUUAACCAUUUUUGGAAGGACUGGCCAUCCAUGAUAUCAACCUGAUAGUUUAACCAUUUUUGGAAGGACUGGCCAUCCAUGAUAUCAACCUGAUAGUUUUAACCAUGUUUUGGAAGGACUGGCCAUCCAUGAUAUCAACAUGAUAGUUUUAACCAUUUUUGGAAGGACUGGCCAUCCAUGAUAUCAACCUGAUAGUUUUAACCAUGUUUGGAAGGACUGGCCAUCCAUGAUAUCAACCUGAUAGUUUUAACCAUGUUUGGAAGGACUGGCCAUCCAUGAUAUCAACCUGAUAGUUUUAACCAUGUUUGGAAGGACUGGCCAUCCAUGAUAUCAACCUGAUAGUUUUAACCAUUUUGGAAGGACUGGCCAUCCAUGAUAUCAACCUGAUAGUUUUAACCAUGUUUUGGAAGGACUGGCCCAUCCAUGAUAUCAACCUGAUAGUUUUUAACCAUUUUUGGAAGGGACUGGCCAUCCAUGAUAUCAACCUGAUAGUUUUAACCAUGUUUGGAAGGACUGGCCAUCCAUGAUAUCAACCUGAUAGUUUUUAACCAUUUUUGGAAGGACUGACCAUCCAUGAUAUCAACAUGAUAGUUUUAACCAUUUUUGGAAGGACUGACCAUCCAUGAUAUCAACCUGAUAGUUUUAACCAUGUUUGGAAGGACUGGCCAUCCAUGAUAUCAACCUGAUAGUUUUAACCAUUUUUGGAAGGACUGGCCAUCCAUGAUAUCAACCUGAUAGUUUUAACCAUUUUUGGAAGGACUGGCCAUCCAUGAUAUCAACCUGAUAGUUUUAACCAUGUUUGGAAGGACUGGCCAUCCAUGAUAUCAACCUGAUAGUUUUAACCAUUUUUUGGAAGGACUGCCAUCCAUGAUAUCAACCUGAUAGUUUUAACCAAUUUUUGGAAGGACUGGCCAUCCAUGAUAUCAACUGAUAGUUUUAACCUUUUUUGGGAAAGGGAAUUGGCCAUCCCAUGAUAUCAAAUGAUAUUUUUUAACCUUUAAACCUUCAGGCGUAUAUAAAAACUCAAAACUCUUUCAGGGCUUCAGCCACCCUGACAAAACACACACACACACCACACACACACACACAAACACACAACACACAACACACCACACACCACACACACACACAAAACCACAAAACUCCCUGUUCUGUGAACUCUUCCAGGGCUUCAGCCACCCUGUGAGGACCAACAGGUCUGGAGCCGGCCUGGCUGACUACGUAGUACUGGAUACAGACGGAAAGACCUGGGACCUCAGACCCACACACAGGUAGGAAGAAGAAGAAGGGAGUGUGUGUGUGUGUGUGUGUGUGUGUGUGUGUGUGUGUGUGUGUGUGUGUGUGUGUGUGUGUGUGUGUGUGUGUGUGUGUGUGUGUGACCCUAACACUACUGCAUCCGUACAGGACAGACAUGUGGCUGACAUGGUGAGGUUAGGAUAAGGGUUAUAUGGUAACACAGUAUGUUGAUGAUAUUGGUGGUUAACACAGUGGUAUCAACCUCAUUUUGCCCCGGGUGCUGCAUUCUGUCUUCAAUGAGGUUACAGUGGGGGAAAAAAGUAUUUAGUCAGCCACCAAUUGUGCAUGUUCUCCCACUUAAAAAGAUGAGAGAGGCCUGUAAUUUUCAUCAUAGGUACACGUCAACUAUGACAGACAAAUUUAGGAAAAAAAAUCCAGAAAGUCACAUUGUAGGGUUUUUUAUGAAUUUAUUUGCAAAUUAUGGUGGAAAACAAGUAUUUGGUCACCUACAAACAAGCAAUAUUUCUGGCUCUCACAGACCUGUAACUUCUUCUUUAAGAGGCUCCUCUGUCCUCCACUCGUUACCUGUAUUAAUGGCACCUGUUUGAACUUGUUAUCAGUAUAAAAGACACCUGUCCACAACCUCAAACAGUCACACUCCAAACUCCACUAUGUCCAAGACCAAAGAGCUGUCAAAGGACACCAGAAACAAAAUUGUAGACCUGCACCAGGCUGGGAAGACUGAAUCUGCAAUAGGUAAGCAGCUUGGUUUGAAGAAAUCAACUGUGGGAGCAAUUAUUAGGAAAUGGAAGACAAACAAGACCACUGAUAAUCUCCCUCGAUCUGGGGCUCCACGCAAGAUCUCACCCUGUGGGGUCAAAAUGAUCACAAGAACGGUGAGCAAAAAUCCCAGAACCACACGGGGGGACCUAGUGAAUGACCUGCAGAGAGCUGGGACCAAAGUAACAAAGGCUACCAUCAGUAACACACUACACCGCCAGGGACUGAAAUCCUUCAGUGCCAGACGUGUCCCCCAGUACAUGUCCAGGCUUGUCUGAAGUUUUCUAGAGUGCAUUUGGAUGAUCCAGAAGAGGAUUGGGAGAAUGUCAUAUGGUCAGAUGAAACCAAAAUAUAACUUUUUGGUAAAAACUCAACUCGUUGUGUUUGGAGGACAAAGAAUGCUGAGUUGCAUCCAAAGAACACCAUACCUACUGUGAAGCAUGGGGGUGGAAACAUCAUGCUUUGGGGCUGUUUUUCUGCAAAGGGACCAGAACGACUGAUCGGUGUAAAGGAAAGAAUGAAAGGGGCCAUGUAUCGUGAGAUUUUGAGUGAAAACCUCCUUCCAUCAGCAAGGGCAUUGAAGAUGAAACGUGGCUGGGUCUUUCAGCAUGACAAAGAUCCCAAACACACCGCCCGGGCAACGAAGGAGUGGCUUCGUAAGAAGCAUUUCAAGGUCCUGGAGUGGCCUAGCCAGUCUCCAGAUCUCAACCCCAUAGAAAAUCUUUGGAGGGAGUUGAAAGUCUGUGUUGCCCAGCGACAGCCCCAAAACAUCACUGCUCUAGAGGAGAUCUGCAUGGAGGAAUGGGCCAAAAUACCGGCAACAGUGUGUGAAAACCUUGUGAAGACUUACAGAAAACGUUUGACCUGUGUCAUUGCCAACAAAGGGUAUAUAACAAAGUAUUGAGAAACUUUUGUUAUUGACCAAAUACUUAUUUUCCACCAUAAUUUGCAAAUAAAUUCAUAAAAAAUCCUACAAUGUGAUUUUCUGGAUUUUUUUUCUCAUUUUGUCUGUCAUAGUUGACGUGUACCUAUGAUGGAAAUUACAGGCCUCUCUCAUCUUUUUAAGUGGGAGAACUUGCACAAUUGGUGGCUGACUAAAUACUUUUUUUCCCCACUGUAUAUUUCCUCACUGUCAAUAUUAGCGUCACCCCCAACUUGUGUUAUGUAAUGACAUACCUGGACCACCUAUUGUGAUGUGCAUUUUAUUAAGUAAAUGAGGUGAAAAGGAGACUGGAGAGCGACUUUAAUCUAAUCAAAUCAAAUGUUAUUGGUCACAUACACAUAUUUAGCAGAUGUUAUUGUGGGUGUAGCGAAAUGCUUGUGUUCCUAGCUCCAACAGUGCAGUAGUAUCUAACAAUUCACAACAAUACACACAAAUCUAAAAGUAAAAGAAUGGAAUUAAGAAAUAUAUAAAUAUUAGGCCGAGCAAUGUCGGAGUGGCAUUGACUAAAAUACAGUAGAAUAGAAUACAGUAUAUACAUAUGAGAUGAGUAAAGCAGUAUGUAAACAUUAUUAAAGUGACUAGUGUUCCAUUAUUAAAGUGGCCAGUGAUUCCAAGUCAAACUAACCCUUACAGGAUAGAGAUGGCUGCUGACAUGGUGAGGUUCUUGGGUAGAGAUAUCCACUUCCCGCAAGGCAUCUCCCCCAAGACUGACUCCAACUGUUGGUUCAUCAAAGGCAUCAUCUGCACUGGAGGUACACACACACACACACACAGACACACACACACACACACACACACACACACACACACACACACACACACACACACAUGCAGACAUGCAUAAAGCAUGGUAUUAGUAACAAAGUUAUACUGUUUUUUUUUUCAAUCACUUUGUUUGUGGUAUAUUUUCACUACUCUAAACAGAAAAAUCUAAACAGAUCAUCAAAAUGGCUUAUUUCCAAAACACUAAGCACAUUUUGAGUUGACUGAGUGCAACAAACGAAUUCACUAAAUUCACCAAAAUCACUCUUUUAACUUGCAGUACCUGUUUUUCAAAAUGCAAUAUUCACUUCACUUUUCAAUAUGAUUUUCUUGUAAUUUGUUAACAAUACAAUGAACUAUCACUUAAUCAAACUGAUCAAAACGGAUAACUACUGAACCAAAAUGAUGCAGUGCCUAAUUAACGUGUAUAGUUUGAGAACUGCUGAACGCUGUUACAUUCUACAUUGAUACCUCACAAAUGUAUCAGUUUGACAUCAAUUUAGGUUGGAAGGUAAAACCAAAUCAUGUAUGGAUGUGGCUGUAAAUACUACAUUAUCAUUCUCCAUCAGCCAGUGUGCUUCAAUAGGACGAAGUGGAAAGAGUCACUAUGUGCUACCAUUACAGUGGUGUAUAAUGCACUGCUGAAAUACCUGGGGUUAUAUAGAACAACAUUCCACUCAUUAUCUGAAUUUCAUUGAUACACUGUAAGCUGAUGAAUUUCUAGCAGAGAGACGGGCAGUACUGUAUCAGUUGACAAAUCACUUUAGAAAAGGUGAUCUUGUACAAUGUUGCAUGGGGCUGAAAUGGCAUACAACACCGUGCUAUGUUUUUACAGUAGCCAACUGCUUUACAAUACCACUAUUUCUGAUUAUUUGUCCUACGUAUGUACUGUAUAAGGAUAAUGAAACUGUAAGACUGACAUAUUUCUCAACAUGCUCACAACCUGCCAUUGGAUACAAAUUAUGUAAAGAAUUGUGCGUGUGAAGUUAUAGUCAAAUACUGUAUGGAAAAUUAUAUUUGUUUAUUCAGCACUUCAAAAAGAACAGUUUAGAAAUGUGUAUCUUGUAUUUUUUGCUAUUGGAUUUAAUGGUAGUUAAAAUGACUAAAUGGUGAGCCUAUCAUUAUCUGAUGUAUUGGUGACUAAACUAAAUGUUCUCAUGGUUUUCACGGAAAACGUUGAUUUUGCAUUAAUGACUCAGGGGUGAAAGAUGUGUGAAACUCCAAUGAAUGCAAAAUCAAAGGUUCUGAACAUAAGAUAGGGGGCAUUACAAGUGUUAUCAGUUUAGAGUUUUGUACUUAGAGUUGUGAAAAUACUUGUGAAAAUAGCACCAAAACAAUUUUUAAAAUGCUGAAAUGUUUUCCCCAGGUGUGGAUCCGUUCUCUGCUGUUGGGAUCUUCCUGGGAUUCGUCCAGAUGGGUUUCCUCUUGUUUAUUCUAACCUACUGCAUCAAGUAAAGCUCUACAACAUGGUCUGCCUAUAUAGUCCUUCUCAUACGCGUUUCACAAUACAUACUGGCCACAAUUCCAAACGAAUGGGAACGAUAGUCACCGAUUAACUCUUAACGUCUUAGGUGUCUGACCAGUUGAGUUGGGUUGAACUGUCCCUGAACUGUUAGCGUUGACUCCUAGAGUGAACGUGUAAUGUAAUCCUAUUGGUUAUGGUCUUAGUGAGGUCAAGCAUCCAUCAUUUCUCUUUGUUUAUGUCUCUGUCUCUUGAUUUCUAGGCGACGCAUCAACCACAUCCGGUUGUUCCGGGGUCCCAACAAGAUCCUGCUCACCCUUGACGACGUCACCUUUAUCAACCCGUCCCUUAGCAACAAGGUCAGCAGUUAUAGACCAAUGCAGGAGUUAAAUAUUCAAAUAGACAAUUUAAUUUUAAGAAAAAAAAAUUGUAGCUUUUUCGUUUGAGCCUUUUCUAUUUACAAAAUGUGUUUGUUUUUGUAUUUAAAUUAAAUGUACAGAGCGACAGACAUAAACUUUUGGGGGCAGGGGUCCAUGUUGUAGUGAAACUUAAACUAAGAUGUCUGCUCUCUCUAACAUUUCCAGAAGCUGAGUAUAGACGACAGUAAGAGAAAGACCAGUGGAGUCUCUCUGAGGAGCCUAUCACAGCACAGCCUCAUGUCCCCCUUCUCUGACCGAUCACCUGCUACCUACGAGAACUCCAACGUCGUCCUCUAUGAGGUGAGACAGAGUAGAAUGGGUGAUUUAUAUUUUUUAUUUACAUUUUUUUUGUACUUUUACCCCUUUUUCUCCCCAAUUUCGUGAUAUCCAAUUGGUAGUUACAGUCUUGUCUCAUCGCUGCAACUCCCCUACGGACUCGGGAGAGGCGAAGGUCGAGAGCCAUGCAUCCUCCGAAACAUGCUUCUUGACACACUGCUCGCUUAACCUGGAAGCCAGCUGCAUCAAUGUGUUUUGGAGGAAACACCGUCCAGCUGGCGACCGAAGUCAGCUUGCAUGCGACGUUCCCGUCACAAGGAGUCGCUAGAGCGUGAUGGGACAAGGAAAUCCCGGCUGGCCAAACCCUCCCCUAACCUUGACGACGCUGGGCCAAUUGUGCUUCGCCUCAUGGGUCUCCUUGAUCAAAUGAUUGAUUGAUUGAUUUGUUAUGAUGAACUGCAUUAAUUGAAUACAUGUUCGUGAUGAACAUCUGAGGGUGGAAAUUCUUUACUAUCAUGGCCCAAUGUCUUAAUGUUGGUUAAAUAAGAUAGAUAUGGAGCCACCCACAAACAUCCUUAGACCCACAAACAAACAGACACAUACUUGUAUGUGCUAUUUUAAUAUUUGAUACCAUAGAUAAAUAAAACGUUGUUGUUUUUUUCUCCAGGGAGACUGGGCGUGGCUGAAGAGACUACCUCAUGGAACAUUCAGGAACAUCAACCCCAAAACCAGUGACGUGUUUGAACUGGUGGGUUUCCUUUAGAAAUACCUAUUUAUUAAUGUUUAUUCAUAUCCUUGGGUAUAGUUUUUAAAAAUGUAUUAUUUGAGAAAAUUAUAUCAGUGAUGCUGUUCUGUUGUUGCUGUACUUUCAGUAGUUCUCCACACUGUGGCAAAUACGAUAUCAUAUCGAUACAAUUCCUUCUUCAAUCUGCACUGACCCUCUAACCUCUAACCCCCGACCCUCCCCCAGAUGAAGGACAUGCGUCACGAGAACAUUAACCUUUUCCUGGGUUUCUUCCAUGACUGUGGAGUGUUUGCCAUCGUAACCGAGUUCUGCACCAGGGGAAGCAUGGAAGACCUACUGCUCAACGAUGAUGUCAAACUGGACUGGAUGUUCAAGUCAUCACUACUGCUGGACCUUAUUAAGGUAGGGAGGGAGGGAGGGAGGGAGGGAGGGAGGGAGGGAGGAGAGGAAGGGAGAGAUGGAUGUUCAAGUCAUCUCUACUAUUAGACCUUAUUAACGUGAGGAGAGGAAGGGAGAGAUUUGAAAGUGCCUCAGCCAAAGGGAAGGAGGGAGGAAGAGGAGGAGGAGGAGGGGGGGGGGGGGGAUGAGGAGGAGGAGGAGGAGGGGGAGGGCGGGAGGAGGAGAAGGAGGAGGGGCGGGGGGGAGGAGGAGGAGGCGGAGGAGGCUGAAGUGAAUGAGGGUAAGGAUGGAGAGCAUGCCUGGGUUUCAUGCUUAUCUCCAGUGUUCUGUCUCUGAGUUCUAUGUUCUGUGUUCUCCCCCAGGGUAUGAAGUACCUGCACCACAGGAACUUGUAUCACGGUCGUCUGAAGAGCAGGAACUGUGUGGUGGACGGACGCUUCGUCCUGAAGAUCUCUGACUACGGAUACAACGAGGUUCUAGAGGCAGCAAAGUUCCCCUACACAGCAACCAUCCUUGCAUAGAGAGGGUGAGUAGGUCUGGAGAGGAGUGGAGAGAGUUUUGCCUUGAGUCUGGACAGAGCUUUGUCUGGACAGAGUUUUAUCUGGACAGGGUUUCAUCUGGACAUGGUUCCGUCUAGACAGAGUUCAGUCUGUACAGGGUUUCGUCUGGACAGGGUUCCGUCUGGACAGGGUUCCGUCUGGACAGGGUUCCAUCUGGACAGGGUUCCGUCUGGACAGGGUUCCGUCUGGACAGGGUUCCGUCUGGACAGGGUUCAGUAUGGACAGGGUUCCGUCUGGACAGGGUUCCGUCUGGACAGGGUUCUGUCUAGACAGGGUUCCAUCUGAUAAAAAAAGUGUAUAUAACUGUAGUGUGUUUAUGUACAGUAUGUGUUUCUUUGUUUGUUUCUCUUCGUGUGUGUGUGUGUGUGUGUGUGUGUGUGUGUGUCCCUCCCUCCCUCCCUCCCUCCUAGACCUGUUGUGGACUGCCCCUGAGAUCCUGCGGGGCCCCUCCCCCGGUCUCUACGGCAGUCUCCAUGGAGACGUGUACAGCUUCGCCAUCAUCAUGCAGGAAGUGGUCAUGAGAGGCCCGCCUUUCUACAUGCUGGAGCACUCUGCUGCAGGUAAGAGACUACAUUACACAGAGUACACCUGUACUACAGGUAACAGGAAGUGGUGAUGAGGGGGCCCACCUUUCUAGCAUGCUGGAGCAGUCUGCUGCAGGGAAGAGACUUCAUGGUAACACUUUAUUUGGAUAGUCCAUCAGUCUUUCGGUAAGACCUGUCCCUCUCCAUUAGAUGUCUCUGCCAUUGUGAGACAAUAAAGUUGUGAUUUGAAUUGAAUAUGACUGGCUCUACCUAACUGUCUAUCUGUGAUUCCUCACAUUAUAUCUCAUCGCCUCCCAUCUCAACCAUAUUGGAGGAGAAGAUCCAAGGUCCCUCCCCUCAAACCUUCUUCUCCAAUGAGUUUUGAGGAGGAAUUGAGGAAAGAUUAAUUUACCUGAAUAGUCCUCUGACCCCUGCCCUCUGACCCCUGUCCUCCAGAGUUGAUCCAGAAGAUCCGUAAGCCCCCUCCUCUGUGUCGUCCGGUGGUCUCCCCUGACUACGCCCCUAUGGAGUGUAUACAGCUGAUGAAACAGUGUUGGAACGAAGAGCCAGACAGACGGCCAUGCUUCGACCAGAUCUUUGACCUGGUACAGGGGGUGGGGGUGUGUUAUGCAAUGCCUUCAAAUCUGUGUGUGUGUUUCAGAAACUCAAAUGCUCUCUCUCUCUCUCUCUCUUCUCUCUCUCUUCUCUCUUCGAGAGAGAGAGAGAGAGAGAGAGAGGGACGGGCGAGAGCGAGAGAGAGAGGAGAGAGAGAGCAGAAGAGAAGCAGAGGAGAGAGAGCGAGGAAGAGAGAGAGAGGGGAGAGAGAGAGAGAGAGAGAGGGGAGGAAGGAGCAGAGAGAGGACGGAGAGGAAAAAAAAAGAGGAGAGAAAAAAAAGAGGGAGAGAGAGAGGGAGAGAACAAAGAGAAGAAUAAAAAAGAGAGAAAAUAAAAGAGGGAAGAAAAGAGAGAAGAGAAGAGAGAAAGCAUCUCUCACCUCCACACCCCCCUCUAUUCGCUCUCCCCCUCUGUCUCCAGUUAAGAACAUCACAAGGGGAGGAAGGCCAACAUCAUAGACUCCAUGCUUGAGGGAUGCUGAGCGUAUCCUCUAACCUGGAGGAGCUGAUCAGAGAGAGGACGGGAGCUGGAGAUAGAGAAAAAGAAGACGGAGAAACUACUCACCAGAUGUGCAACCGUAAGUAACACACACACGACCCGCACACACGCAACACGCAUGCACACCACCACACACACACACACUGGAGGAACUGAUCAGAGAGAGGACAGAGGAGCUGGAGAUAGAGAAACAGAAGACGGAGAAACUACUCACUCAGAUGCUGCCACCGUAAGUACACACACACAGACACGCACGCACACACACACACGCACACGCAUGCACACACACACACACACACACUGGAGGAACUGAUCAGAGAGAGGACAGAGGAGCUGGAAACAGAGAAACAGAAGAAUGAGAAACUAGUAACUCACAACACACACACACACAUACACCCCCCCACACACACACUCCCUCUCUGUCCUAGGACGGUUGCGAAUGCCCUGAAGGUGGGUGGUACUGUGGAACCGGAGUACUUUGACAACGUGACGCUGUACUUCAGUGACAUCGUUGGCUUCACCACCAUCUCAGCCAAUAGCGAGCCCAUCGAGGUGGUUGACCUUCUGAACGACCUCUACACGCUGUUUGAUGCAUCAUGGCACCAUGAUGUAGAUAAGGUAGAGAGAGAGGAGAGGGAUGAGGUCGACGAGUCGGACGAGAGGCGGGGAGAGAGAGAGAGAGGAGCGAAGGAGAAGAGGAAGAUAGAGAGAGGAAGGAGAGGAGAAGGACGAGGAGAGAGAGAGGAGAGAGAGAGAGAGGAUGAGACUGGAAAAUGGACUCUGCGUAGACGUGUUUGUUAUGAGACGGGUUGAUCUAGUUGUAGUUGAUAGCAACAGACGACCUAGCCCCCCCACCCAUACUUCAUUUCUUUCCCCCCUUGAGUGGUGAGGAGAGUCUGUCGACGCAGAUGGAAGAGGAGCUGAGAGAAACGCUGGAAGAAGAGAGGACGACGGAGAAAGGCACAGCGAGGGCGAGAGAACGGAGCAUAGACGAGCGAGAAGGAGAGGGAGACAGAGCGGAGGGAUUUAGGAAUGGAGAGAUGGAGAGAUGCACAUACGAGAGGGAGAAUCGAUUUCGAAGUGGAGAGGCAGAGUGGACGAGACCGAAAGAGAGAGACGAGAUCGAGAGAACGAAUUCGAAGGAAGACGAGAUGAGCUGGCCAGGGAACAGGAGUAUAACAGAGAGGAAGAACCGAACGCAGGAACCGAAAGGGAGGAGGAUGACGGAAAGAGAGAAGGAGAAGAGGAGAAGAGGCGGAGAGAGAGAUUCAGAGGUAAGGAGAGGAGAGAGAGGACGCCGAGAUAUGAGUGGCGGGAGUGAGAGAGAGACGGAUAGUCACCAAAUGAGAGUGAGAGAGAGGGGAGAAUCGCCAGACGCGGCGAGAUGAAGGGGGAGAGAGCUUGAUGAGAGAGAGAGAGAGAGAGAGAGAGAGAGAGAGAGAGAUGAGAGACGAGAGAGGCCGAGAGGAGCAGCUAGUGAGACGAUUUUCGAGUUCUCAGCAUCUCUCUCGAGAAGAUCUCUGCUUCAUGCCUCGUUCUGACUCUAUGCAGAUUAAGUUCGAUAAAGCGAAUCUCGCUAAUUCCGGGCUUACAAUCAUGCGACUGCAUCUGCUGACUCCUCUGUCUACUAUCUCCUCUGAGCUGACCUGACGCGGGACGAUCUGAGUCUCUCUAGUACUCUCCUGACUCGUCAUCUCGUCUCUCUGCUCUCUCCUUCUCUAGCACUCUUCCUCGUCUACCCAUUAUAGUACAUCUUUGUAUUUUUUUUCCCCAACUUCUCUUAUGAAUUCCCUCCAAUGAACAUCUUUGCUAAUUGCGUUUCUCCUUGUACUGAAACGCCCCCCUUCCCCCUAUUUUGCUACCUCCGGUUGUUCUCAUCGUAUGAGGUUUCUCCGCAACCUUCUCCUUCCUGAACCCCCCGUCUAGAUCCUUUUUUCAACCUUUCCCCCCUCCCCCCCUAUCUGUCCCCCUCCUCGAACAGCCUUCCUCCUUCUGAACGAGACCUUCCCCAUUCCCCCUCCUGCUUUUCCUUUGAGAGCGACGAGCAAUUCUAUUCUUUUUCGCUUAACCUUCCUCCCCGCCCGCGCCCCCUCCGCGAUGAGCGCUAAGCACUUCGUACCAGAGUGGCGCCGACGAUAGAGACCCGACUGCCCAGAACAUCUUCCCUGACCGCCUCUAUCUAUGUUCGCUACCAUCCGCCAAGAGCCCGAAUGGAAGCCACGGAGACGCGCCGAAUCGAGAUGCCCCUAGCCAAUAGAGACCCACAGAUAUCGCCACCUAUCCCCCGCCCCAGACUAGGUCCCUGUGUACCCAGAGUUGCGACCGUCGACCGAUACCUCCCAGAGACGGUAGUACGCGAGUAUGCGGCAGUCAGCUAAGUAGGAGAAGACCGUAGCGAUCCCAAGAGAGAGAGAACCAGCCCCAUUACUUCAGACGUUCACACCGGCCCACAGUUGAGAAGCGCGCAAGCGAGCAGCACGAGACAGAACUGUCGAAGAUUGUGCUUACCGAUCGGAUGACCAAGAUCGGGCUGCGAAGCACCUCGAGGAUCUGGAGCCAGAGGAACGAGGAGGGACGGAUCAACCCGCCUCGGCCGCACGCUAAAGCAGUGCCCGAUUGAGACGAGUGGGACUCUUACUGGGGUAGGAUGACGAUACCACCGAGAGAGAAGAGCCUGUCUUCUGUCUUGCUUACCAUGUGCAUGGAGGACGAUGAUGACCCCUCGGGUACACCGGAGAGACAGAGAGAGGCCCAGCCCGACCGACCGGCCCGUGAGCGAAUUGUAGAGAGGGUACAAGCAGCUACCGAAAGAAGCACACACACAGCACCACCAACACAACCACAAAACCCCCUCUGACAUGCACACCCGAUCGUUCCUCACGCGACGCCCCCCAAUAACCCCCCCGACCUCAGAAGACGAAGAAAGACGUCCGGCGAGCAUGAGCUUGAUCCCGAGAACGCCACGAUGAACCCGCUCGUUCUGGACUAUCGAGACACUGAGACAGUCCGUAGAUGCAUGUCACGAGAGAAGCAGCUGCAUGUCGCAGGGGCCCGGAUCUCUCACCCUCGGACCUUUCGAGGAAUCGUGAGGCACGUCCGACGAGAAAGUAUGGGAGCACUAUGAACCGAGACCUGCAAUAGAGAGAGCCGACUGGCUUAAUAUCGAUAUCGCGGACCUGAGACGUGCCCAGAAAAAGCAACUCUCUGACAGCGAUUCUCGCACCGACACCUGAGACUACCGUUGGCCGAGACCGCAGAGGCAUGAUCUGGAAUGACAUGUCCUCCUAAUGAGACGUUCACUACAGAGAGCCUCGCAGGCAUGUGAGAGCACUGAGGAGUAGCAUGGAGAAGCGUUGAUACGGGAGAUUGGCGCUCUACCAGACAUGCGCAGCGUAUUGUAUACUACUGGACUCCGACAAGAGCAGGAUGUGACGCCGAGUAUGGAAGCGCGACUCGAAGUCCGCAGAUGAGAGACAUAGGACGAACUCGUUGGCGACUUUCUGACUGCCCCGGACCCUAGAAGCAUUCGUGACCAGACAGAGUACAACGACGUGGCCAAGCUUGAACGACGCAUUCGCGUCCUCUAGCGGUCGAGGACUCCGCUGCCGCAUGGGCACCAGCCCAGAGAUCCAUUCCUGACUUAUGACGAGACCGGUGUAGCAUCCCAGCAGGUCCCCCCUCGCAGCAUCAUCCUCCGCGCAAUUGAAGAGUCGAUACAAUGCCAGGAGCGCGACCCAUUCCCCGCGCACACCGACCAGACCUAACGCGGCCCAGAAGGAACGAACGAACGAUACUGACCGCCUCCCUGACCCCCCGAGGCUAGCAACCUCUUGCGAGUACUCGUUCAUCUUCGCAUGUGCCAAAUUCGACCAGGCGUGGAUGAGACGAGACGAGAGCGUACGACGACGCUAGACCUCAGAGCGAAUUCUUCACGCGGAGCGAGACGCAGCCACAACGAUGAUCGUAUCGAGACGGCCAGAGCUCGGACAGUAGUACCUUCGUAGAGGAAAGAAUAAAGAACGCGAGAGCGAUCCCACUUUUGACCGAACGACACGCUGUGCCCAUGAGGAACACGGACGCGAUGAAGUUCGACACCCCCUCCGAGAGUGGAGCCACUCAUAAAAAGAGAGUCUCGCCUACGAGAUCGAGCCCCCGUGAGGCAGACCGCCGCACCCAAAUGGUAGAGAUUUCCGGACUCUCGAUGGGGACGAGAUGCACGAGACGAGAGAAGGCACGAGGGGACGGCAUUCGAUUGAGACGCGGAAGUCGUGAAGAGAGGAGAGUCAGGGUCGCCCGACUGACUUAUCGCGACCCAGCUGGCCCUUCUCUCGAGGACGAAACGCAGAGGACAGAGUGAGUUCGAACCUGUGCCCCCGCCUCGUAGAGAGCCGAGAGAACUGCACGCUAGAGAGAGAGAAGAUUACCGAGAUAGCAGAGAGGGAAAUACAUUAUUUUAAGAGAUGAGACGAGAGGCAGGGCGAGCACGGAGAGCGAAAACCCCGAGAAGCUAGAUGAAGACCGAUCCGAGCGCAGUGACUACUCUAGCACCGAGCUACGAGGAUAAUGAAAACGUGGAGAUCGGAGGCGGCCUGACUAGCCACCCGAAUGAGCAGGAAUCGAGUUCAGAGUGUUAGCUACGAUGAGAGAGAGACUCCCGAGACGACGUCCGCCGUCCAGCCUUAGCUGCACAGCUAGACGACAGACACGGGAAUAGCUAGAGCAAUCUUGAGAGGCCGUACGACUAUCUGACUGCGCCUCGGAUACCGGAAGAGUAGAACGGAAAUGAGAAGACAGUAUGAAGGAGAGAAGAGCAGACGCCGCCGGCCCCUCGGGACGUAAUACGCGCAGGACCCCGAAGUUAGCUCGAACCGAGCACGUUCGAACGGAGCAUCCUGCCUUUUUGGCAGUCCCCAGAGUGCCGCGCAAACUGACCCGGGGAGCGACAGCUGUUAGCCUCCGCAGCACGUGGAACUACGGAGUAGCAGGGAAGUAACCCUGAGAGCGAUGGGGAUGGAUAGCUACGAAUUCCGGCGGACAAGCGACUGAGGUUACACCGAGAGGAGCAUGCGAAGAGGGCAGUGGAACCGCCAGAAGCCGGGAUGGCGCGAAGAGGGAGCAAUCCCGAUUCACCUCUCCGUCGAGAAGGAGGGAGCAGGACGGAAUCUCGCGACUGAGGACGCACUGAGAGAAUGAGACACGAUCCCCAGGGAAGCAGACGAAGCCGGACAACAAGAAGCAGCAGCAGAGAGCUAACUCCGGACACGAUGCAUACGAGAGAGUGACGUGAGAGAUGGAGGGAGGCAUCUCGCCAGAACGGGGAUGCGUGGAGGCACACGCAGGCGGAGAGAGGGAGAGGCGCUAGGAGAGAAGGGUACGGGGGCGGCAGGAGACUGUUGAGAGGAGAGUGGGAGAGUGAGAGGAGAGGGAGAGAGGAGAGUGGAGAUAGAGAGAGAGAGAGGCGGGGCAGCGAGAGAGAGAGAGAGAGGCAGCAGGAGGACUGAACCGUCACGAUGAGGAUACAUUUUUUUCUUCUUCUUCUCUUUUUGGUAGAGAGGGAGAGGGAGAGAGAGAGAGAGAGUGAGACGAGAGAGAGAGAGGAGGAGGAGAGGAGAGAGAGAUGCGAGAGAGGAUGAACGAGAGAGGACGAGACGCGAGAGAGAGACCCGAGAAGAGGAGAGCGGAGAGAGAUAGAGAGAGAGAGAGAGAGAGAGCAGAGAGAGAGAGAGUGGGUGAGAGCGAGAGAGUGAGAGUGAGAGUGAGAGCGAGAGAAUGUGCACAUACAAGUAACUGUGGUGAACCACACUUUAAUCACACAAUGACAUUUAGCAGUGCCCUAGAACUAAGAAUCUGGAGCAAAGAUACUACCUAGUACUUACAGUGCCCUGAUUGGCUUUGGUCUGCCCAGUACAUUUACCUUUCUAUACAGUACCAGUCAAACGUUUGGACACACCUACUCAUUCCAGGGUUUUUCUUUAUUUUUACUAUUUUCUACAUUGUAGAAUAAUAGUGAAGACAUCAACACUAUGAAAUAACACAUAUGGAAUCAUGUAGUAACCAAAAAAAGUGUUAAACAAAUCAAAAUAUAUUUUAUAUUUGAGAUUCUUCAAAUAGCCACCCUUUGCCUUGAUGACAGCUUUGCACACUCUUGGCAUUCUCACAACCAGCUUCAUGAGGUAGUCUCCUGGAAUGCAUUUCAAUUAACAGGUGUGCCUUGUUAAAAGUUAAUUUGUGGAAUUUCUUUCCUUCUUAAUGUGUUUGAGCCAAUCAGUUGUGUUGUGACAAGGUAUGGGUGGUACCCUUGUAACGCCAAUGUAGUGGGUUCGAUCCCCGGGACCACCCAUACACAAAAAAAAAAAACGCAUGACUGUAAGUCGCUUUGGAUAAAAGCGUCUGCUAAAUGGCAUAUUAUAUUAUAUUAUUAUACAGAAGAUAGCCCUAUUUGGGAAAAGACCAAGUACAUAUUAUGACAAAAACAGCUCAGAUAAGCAUAGAGAAACGACAGUCCAUCAUUACUUUAAUACAUGAAGGUCAGUCAAUACGGAACAUUUCAAGAACUUUCAAAGUUUCUUCAAGUGCAGUAGCAAAAACUAUCAAGCGCUAUGAUGAAACUGGCUCUCAUGAGUACCGCCACAGGAAAGGAAGACCCAGAGUUACCUCUGCUGCAGAGGAUAAGUUCAUUAGAAUUAACAGCACCUCAGAUUGCAGCCCAAAUAAAUGCUUCAAAGAGUUCAAGUAACAGACACAUCUCAACAUCAUCUAUUCAGAGGAGACUGCGUGAAUCACGCCUUCAUGGUCGAAUUGCUGCAAAGAAACCACUACUAAAGGACACCAAUAAUAAGAAGAGACUUGCUUGGGCCAAGAAAUACGAGCAAUGGACAUUAGACUGGUGGAAAUCUGUCCUUUGGUCUGAUGAGUCCAAAUUAGAGAUUUUUGGUUCCAACCGCCAUGUCUUUGUUAGACGAAGAGUAAGUGAACUGAUGGUCUCCGCAUGUGUGGUUCCCACCGUGAAGCAUGGAGGAGGAGGUGUGAUGGUGUGGGGGUGCUUUGCUGGUGACACUGUGAUUCAUUUAGAAUUCAAGGCACAUUUAACCAACAUGGCUACCACAGCAUUCUGCAGCGAUACGCCAUCCCAUCUAGUUUGCGCUUAGUGGAACUAUCAUUUGUUUUUCAACAAGACAAUGACCCAAAACACACCUCCAGGCUGUGUAAGGGCUAUUUGACCAAGAAGGAGGGUGAUGGAGUGCUGCAUCAGAUGACCUGGCCUCCACAAUCACCCGACCUCAACCCAAUUGAGAUGGUUUGGGAUGAGUUGGACCGCAUAGUGAAGGAAAAGCAGCCAACAAGUGCUCAGAAUAUGUGGGAACUCCUUCAAGACUGUUGGAAAAGCAUUCCUCAUGAAGCCGGUUGAGAGAAUGCCAAGGGUGUGCAAAGCUGUAAUCAAGGCAAAUGGUGGCAACUUUGAAGAAUCUCAAAUAUAAAAUAUAUUUUUAUUUAUUUAACACUUUUUGGGUUACUACAUGAUUCCAUAUGUGUUAUUUCAUAGUUUUGAUGUCUUCACUAUUAUACUACAAUGUAGAAAAUAGUAAAAAUAAAGAAAAACCCUUGAAUGAGUAGGUGUGUCCAAACUUUUGACUGGUGCUUUAUAUAUACUGUAUAUAUCACCUGAAGUUAAUUGACUAAUCAAAAUGUUACCUACCUGUCCUCCUCUCUACCCAUAGGUGGAGACGAUAGGCGACGCCUACAUGGUGGCGUCAGGGUUACCGGUUGCCAACGGAGAUCGUCACGCGGCAGAGAUAUCCAACAUGGCGCUAGACAUCCUCAGUGCUGUGGGCACCUUCAAGAUGAGACACAUGCCUGAC